CAUUUCGAAAAUUGCACUUCAUCACAAUCUCUGUAGGCCGAAUUGGUAUGAUUACAGCUCACUUUGAGACCUAACGUUUCUGUUGAUUGUUUGUUUUAUACAGAAAAUUUCAAAACAAACCUUUUGUUACAUAAGGUGACACAAACAAAGUGUUUCUGAUAUUUUGUGUACAAAUAUAGGGAAACUGAAAGUUUCUGUAGCACAAUGACCAAAUCUCGGCUACUUUUUCUCUCAAUUGCUGAUGUAAAUGACCAUAUCAUUUUCAUUUAUACAAAACAAAAUGACAAAACUACCUCAGAGAAACUUCAGCUUCUUACGGAACUAAGCUUGGAUGUUAUUCAUGAAAUGUGUGAUUCAACGGAACGACCUAUAUUAGAGAAUUACUUGGGCCUUCUCGGCGUGGAAGAUGACAUAAGCGCUUAUGGAUAUGUGAGCAACACACAGACAAAAGUUAUAAUAGCGGUUCGUUCGUCUGAGUUCUUGGUCAAAGAUGCAGACAUUAAGACGCUUCUAAAACAGGUACACGUCGCAUACACACACACGCUUUGCAAUCCGUUCUACAACAGUCGAAAUGAAGUCGCAGCACUGGAGCAAUCUUCGUUCUUCAAAAGCACUUUUUAUCAAAUCUUGAAGUCAUGGCAAGACCAUUAAUGAAAUCGGUAUCACUUUACUAUUAACGACACUACGUUACGCCUUUCUUACUCAGUCAGCAUUCGCCCGUAGUCCAACGACGUACGCAAUAGAAGUUAUUAUGUUCACAAAAACUAGCAAAAAUUCAAAGCAUUUUGAGCAUUCACAUGUGUGAAUUAAAGUAGGUUAAAUAAUUGCACCCCCUUGAAAGCCCUGGAGGUCAAUGCGACGAGCAAUCAGUGACAGUAUGCCAUGGUG